UGUCUUUCGGCCCCUUGGCCUGUCUGCAUUGCUGCAAGAAAACUAAAGCGGAGCGGGGAGGGUAAGCGGCAACCAAAAGUGGCGAGAUGCUGAAGUUCUCCGCUUUAGCCAUUGGCAGCGGUCUGGCCUGUGGACAUAUUCACACGAGACUUUCCCUCCAGCGCCGCUCUAGAGGUGCCGGUAAUGGAGGAAGCACCGGUUUGGACUACUGUGUAUCACCUGGCUGCGAGCAGAUCGAGCUGAGCCCUGUAUCUUGUGUAUAUUGGCAUCUCCUACCAUUGCUUUCCCCAGCAGUAGUGGAGAGAGACAAAGUCUACGCUAGGGAACGGUGAUGGAUGCAACGUCUUCGUCUUGUGUUUUUGGAUAAACUCGAUCACCUUUCAUGGAAUUUGUGUCCGGGUUAGUGAUGAAAGGACAGGUUGAGUUUCAAGGUGAAGUAAAUUUAGUUAAACUGUUAUAAGUUAUUUAUUUGUAAGAAAAAUGGCUCCACUGAAGGUGCAUGGACCUGUCCGGAUGCGCAGUAUUCAAACUGGGAUUACAAAAUGGAAAGAAGGAAGCUUUGAAAUUGUGGAGAAGGACAACAAAGUGAGUCUAGUGGUUCACUACAAUGUUGGAGGAAUUCCAAAGACAUUUCAGCUAAGCCAUAACAUUAAAACUGUGGUCCUACGACCAAAUGGUGGAAAAUUGUGUUGCCUGAUGCUAACGCUAAAGGAUGCCAGCUUCCUGACUAUUGAUAAGGUACCAUCUAAGGAUGCAAACGAAAUGAGGAUGUAUCUGGAUGCAGUCCUCCAUGACAGGGUUCAUACUGCUGUGAAACCGUCUCAGGGAUCUGGCAGCUUUGGAGGUGUUCUGGGCAGCAGGACAACCCAGAAGGAAGCUAACAGGCAAUUUCCAUAUAUUGAAAACCAGGUUCCUUCCAAAAGAGUGACUGUGGAGGGAAAGGAAGAAAAUCCAUUUCGGAAGGGGCUGGGCAGCCCAAGUAGAGCAUCUGUUAAGACUUCCCCAGGAAGUGGAACUCCUAGCAACAGGGUUAACAUUUCAGUGUCUCCCACUUCAUCAACUCCUCACAGAACGGGCUUACUAGAAAACCGUGAAAAGAGGAAAAGAACACAGCCCUCUGGUUCAGAGAUGAAUGAAGAUUAUCCCAAAGAGAAUGAUUCUUCAACCAAUAACAAAGCUGUGACUGAUCCGGCAUGGAAGUUUUUAAAUAGUAGCAGAGAGAAACAGCUGAAUCUGAAACAGACAGAGGAGAACAGGACAUCCGGGGUUUUGCCUCUACAAUCAUCCUCCUUUUAUGGUAGCAGGUCCACAUCAAAGGACUACUCCACUGGCAAUUCCAACCUGGACAGGUCUAGCAUAUCAAGUCAGACACCCUCAGCCAAAAGAAGCCUGGGGUUUCUCUCUCAGCCAGCCCCACUCUCUGUUAAAAAAAUGAGAUCUAAUCAAGACUACACAGGAUGGAACAAACCUCGAGUGCCCCUUUCCAGCCACCCACAGCAACAGCUACAAGGAUUUUCAAACUUGGGAAAUACCUGCUACAUGAAUGCCAUUUUACAGUCCUUGUUUUCAAUUCAGUCGUUUGCUAAUGAUUUGCUUAAGCAGGGUAUCCCUUGGAAAAAAAUUCCACUCAAUGCACUUAUCAGACGCUUUGCCCAUCUGCUUGCUAAAAAGGAUGUUUGCAGCCCUGAGGUCAAAAAAGAGCUGCUCAAGAAAGUGAAAAGUGCCAUUUCAGCUACUGCAGAGAGAUUCUCGGGUUACAUGCAGAAUGAUGCACACGAGUUUUUGAGCCAGUGUUUGGAUCAGCUGAAGGAGGACAUGGAAAAGUUAAACAAAACUUGGAAGAGUGAGCCAGUGUCUGGUGAAGAUAACUCGCCAGGACGGGCCUCUGAGGACAUCUCAGCCACGAAAGUUUACACUUGUCCAGUUAUCACUAACUUAGAGUUCGAGGUUCAACAUUCUAUCAUAUGUAAAAUGUGUGGUGAAACAGUCACUAAACGAGAACAGUUUAAUGAUCUUUCCAUUGAUCUUCCCCGAAGAAAGAAAUUACUUCCUUCGCGAUCCAUCCAGGAUUCCCUUGACCUCUUUUUCAGGGCAGAGGAGAUUGAGUAUUCCUGUGAGAAGUGUAAUGGAAAGUCUGCUGUUGUUACACACAAAUUCAAUAGGCUCCCCAGGGUACUGAUUCUUCAUCUGAAACGAUACAGCUUCAAUGUGGCACUAUCUCUGAAUCACAAAGUUGGGCAGCAGGUGGUUAUACCAAGAUAUUUGACCCUGUUAUCUCACUGUACAGAAAGCACUCGGCCCCCGCUUACUCUGGGAUGGAGUGCGCAUUCUGCAGCUUCUCGACCAUUGAAAGCCUCCCAAAUGGUGAAUUCCUGUACUGUGAGCACUUCCACACCUUGUAGAAAGUAUACAUUCAAAUCAAAGAGCUCCGUGGCACUCUAUGUGGAUUCAGAUAGUGAGGAUGAGCCAUUGAAACGCUCUGUUGCUCACAGUCAAAGAUUGUGUGAUGUACAGAGCAGAGAACAACAGCAACAGCAAGAAGAGCCUGAAAAGGGUUCAAAACGAAGUAAACCAGAGUGUGAUAAAUCUUCUGACUUGGGAAAUGCGGGUUUCGAUGGAAUGAGCGAGGAUGAGUUGCUAGCAGCUGUGUUAGAGAUUAGCAAGAGGGAAGCCUCAUUCUCUGUGAGCCAUGAUGAAGAUAAACCCACAAGCAGCCCCGACACUGGUUUUGGAGAGGACGAGGUGCAGGAAUUGCCAGAAAAUCUGCAGUGUGUAGAGACGGAGAAACCCAAAGCAACUACAGAAUCAGGCCCUGCCAAUUUCACUGAGAUAACUAAAGAUUUUGAUGAGAAUAAGGAAAACAAAACUCCGGAAGGCUCCCAGGGGGAGGUUGACUGGCUGCAGCAGUACGAUAUGGAGCGAGAGCGGGAGGAACAAGAACUUCAGCAGGCACUGGCUCAGAGCCUCCAAGAACAAGAGGCACGAGAACAAAAAGAAGAUGAUGACCUUAAACGAGCUACCGAAUUAAGUCUACAAGAAUUUAACAGCUCUCUUCUGGACAGUGUUGGCUCUGAUGAGGACUCUGGGACUGAGGAUGUUCUCGACAUGGAGUACUCAGAAGCUGAAGCUGAAGAGCUGAAAAGGAACGCUGAGGUAGGAGAGCUCCCUCAUUCCUAUCGUCUCGUCAGCAUUGUCAGCCAUAUUGGAAGCACAUCCUCUUCAGGCCACUAUAUUAGUGAUGUCUAUGAUAUCAAGAAACAGUCCUGGUUCACCUACAAUGACCUAGAAGUGUCUAGAACACUAGAGGCCUCUGUGCAGUGUGAUCGAGACCGAAGUGGCUAUAUCUUCUUUUACAUGCACAAGGAAAUCUUCGAUGAGUUACUAGAAACAGAAAAGAACACACAGCCGCUUAGCAUGGAAGUGGGGCGGUCUGUUCGUCAGCCUCUGUGAAGAGCAAAUCCCUUGUUUCUCCCAAGCAUGGAGAAUUCUGAACUUGCGCAAGACAUGCAGGAGUAGCAAACAGCUCAGGGCCAAAACGAGAGACAAAAAGUAAGGCGUAUGGGAUGCUUAACUUGCAGAACCACGCAUGUAAACCUUGGCCUGAACCACACUGGUAAACCUUUGACAUCCCAAAGCACUCCUCCUGUGGUGAGAUUUUUAUUGUUCCAGAAAUAUUUCUGUCAGCAUGGAGCCUUAAAGUGUUACAUCAAGCCACAAGACCACAGCUGCUCAUAAACUGAUGAAACAAUAGUGCGAAAAGAGACUUGACUUUAAAGUCCAUUAACUAUGAUAUGUGAACGGGGAAGAUUUACAUAUCACGUGGCAUUCUGUUCUUUCCCCCCACGAGCAAUUAAAGCAAUACAGCCUGCAACCUGGCAUGUCAGUAUCGUGUCAGUAAUAGUCACUGGAAACCUAGAUCACCAAGUACGCUGUUGCCCGUCUGUCCUGCUAACAGGUGUGCCGACAUCACUCAAGUGGACGCAUUUUGACAUUCAUGAGGUUGUAAAUGCUGUGCCAUUUACAUGCAGUUCCAGGAAACAAACUAUUGAUGCUGUGGAAUGUAUUGCCUACCUACUCGCACUCUGUCAUCGUAUACAGUUCUUUGUUGUCUUUGUUUAGAAAUGAGAUUAUAUUUUUUUCAUUUAAAAAGUUGAUUCUUUCUGACUGCAUUUUCUUCACAGUGUCAUUGCAUAUGGCAGUUUACAUCUUCCUGUCAGUGUAUCUGUUUCUCACUGACUUUACAGCACGUUGAGCUGCCUUGUUUUGACUCUGACAGCAGCAGCUAGUCAGUGGGAUGGAAGGUAAGCUUUGGCCUGUUGGGAGGGGAGCAGAGCCAGUGUGAGCAGUAAAAGGAAGUGAACUACAACUCUUCUUUUUGCAUCGCACACUGGCAUUAGCCCUUCAGGGUGCUCAGGCAUAAAGGUUUGUCUCUGGCAUCCUCACUUGGAAAGUCUGAACAAUUCUUUUCGUACUUGGAUUGCUGUUAGACUGAUCCAUAAUUUCACAUUGUCCCUACAGAUCCCAGGAAUAGCACAGAGACAUCGAGGUUUUUAUUCUAGCUGUCUGUUGGUUUUUUAGGAAUAUGGGCUGCUCAGCUGGAAUAAACUAAAUCAGCUGAGAAGCUUUUGAAAACCUGUACUGAGUGUUACCAUAAGAGAUUACAGGGCAGAACUGUUCCAUUUUAUUAUCCUAAUUGUACCUGGUAACAUGACGCUCAUUUUAUAGCUGACUUUGGCAAAAAUAUCCAGUGAUUUAAUUUUUAUUUGAACCUUCAAAUGGUCUUUUAUUUAAUAUGGGCAAAUAUUUCCCUUAAUUGGCAUUUACUUUUAUUGCAAAGAAAUGGUUGCUAAUCAUUGGAGCAGUUACUCUUCUGCCCCUAAUUUGGAUUUUGCUAUUUGAAUAAUUGGUUACAGAGAGUGCAAAGAUAUUUGUUUUUAAACUACCGUUAGGAGUUUCUCAGGAAUAAACCACCCAGAGCUAAGUAGACAAACCAUUGCUGUAGAGGACAGGAGGCAAAAUAAUUUCUCCACAGAUCUUAGAGUUAAGGCUGAUCUUCUGGUCCGUGUACCAAGCGAAUCGAAAUGAUUUUUGUUACGGCUUGGAUAAUAUCGCCUUGGUUGUGUUGGUCUCAUAGUAAACGGCCUAAGCAUUAAACUUCGGUCACAGACGGGACAAAGCUUUUACCUCAUAAGGUGCAGCACCAGUAGUGUAUGACAUGUUAAUUUAUUAUAAAUCAUUAUGAUUUUGUAUUGUCACCAGUGAAUGUUAGUGGAAUGUGUGUGUGUCGGGGGGGGGGGGGGAGUUAA